AGGAAUCCGCCACCUGAAACGCGAGGAAACGAAGGCGACGCAAUUGGGUAUAAAACAUGAACCACAUCUGCCUCGAGCUUUGCACACUGAUGAAAGCCUCAGUUUAGGACAGCACAGAUCGGCACUGGUCAACCCGGCAGAAUGAUAAAACGUCAAUUCAGCCCCGAGUAAUAAUAAUUCUUCAGUUGCUUUGAAUGACACGUCGUAUAUACUGGAACUAAGGAAAACUGGUGGAGUGUCCUGCGCACCUGUUACCUACAAAGAGCGCAAGAUGAUCCCACCGGGGGACUGCAUGUACGCCGGUCGGAAAAGGAGGAAGCCCAUUCAGAAGCACAGAAAGCCGGCACCUGUGACAGAGAAAUCCAACCCGUCCAAACGCCACAGAGAUCGUUUGAAUGCAGAACUGGACAGACUGGCUAGCCUACUGCCUUUCUCUCCUGAAAUUAUCACCAAACUGGACAAGCUGUCUGUGCUUCGCCUCAGUGUUAGUUACCUUCGCGUCAAAAGCUUCUUCCAUGCCAAACAGGAGAAGCCAUCUCGGAGGCACAUCGGCCCUUCAUCCGCUCAGGAAGUCAGAAAGGAGAGUGUGUCACCCGCACCCAUCAUCUCUGAGAGUGAGCUCCUACUGGAGUCCCUGACUGGAUUUGCUCUGGUUGUGAGCAGUGAUGGAAUGGUCUUCUAUGCUUCCUCCACAAUAGUGGACUACCUGGGCUUCCAUCAGACUGAUGUGAUGCACCAGAACAUCUUUGAAUACAUCCAUGUAGAUGACAGGCAGGAGUUUAGGCGACAGCUCCACUGGGCCAUGAACCCUUCACAGCAGAUGGCCUCUAAUCAACACCUGGCCACAGGAACUGGUGAGGAUUUCGUGGUCAGCAGCUUAUUCCACUCUCAAGAAACAGGUGGCGUUCCUCCAGAGUUUUCCUCCUUCCUUAAUCGUUGCUUCAUCUCGAGAGUGCGUUGCCUCCUGGACAGCACCUCAGGAUUCCUGACAAUGCAGUUCCAGGGGCGUCUGAAAUUCUUGCAUGGCCAAAAAAAGAAGACGGCAUCAGGCACCCCUUUGCCACCACAGCUGGCUCUGUUCUGUGUGGCCAUGCCUCUGCUUUUACCCUCAAUCACAGAGAUGAAGAUGAAGAGCAUGAUGAUGAGGAGCAAGCACAAAACCACAGACAUGAACAUGAUCACAGCAUUAGAUCAUAGAGAAGAGCACAUAAGACGACAGUCAGCAAUGAAUGAAGGUGGAGACCCACUUUUCAUUAAUUGCCCCACUCCUGCCACACGCCACCAUACCCCAUGGGCACCUCUUUCUAAAGACAGCUUCAAGUACAAGAUGGAGGACUACUACAGCCAGGAGGAGCCUCUAAACUAUUGCAAGUCCGCUGUUGGUGGCCAGAAAAUCCGUCACAUGGACACCAUGUGGCCCCUGAGAGCCUCUUGUGGGUCUGUUCGCACAAAUCAUGGUGUAAACAUGUUGCCAAGUGGUAAGCCAGGCAAGUACAGUCACUAUGGGAAGCCCUACAGAAUGUCUCCAGGUUAUCACAACAACAGGGCAGAACAUUAUGUUCCAAAGCUCUAUGGCGGUCUACAACAACUAGGAGAAGGGGAUGGUUGUUAUGUAGAGAGCAUCAAGAGCGAAAAUGGCUGUUAUGAAGUCCAAGGUCAGGGCUAUGAUGAACGUGUAAUUGGUGAGUUUCCAAUUAAGGUCGAGCAAGACUCGGACUCUGAAAAUGGAUGUGAUGUUUAUGGCAGGACGUGGACAGUCAGAGAGAGUUAUCCAAACUCUUAUGAUGGCCUACAAAUGAAAGCAGAAGGUAGCUACUAUGAACAGUACUCGCCCUGCCAGAGGGGCAAAGGGAGUAAUGGCCAGGCAUACAGCGGCCACUAUCAAAAUGUCUGUGGAAUAAAUGUACGGCUACCAAAAUGUGGGUUUAAUAAAGAUCUAGAACCUCUCAGCCCCCAAAAACUGGGACACCCAGACCCACUCUGCAGCAGCCAAAGCACUAACUGCAUGGACAGUUAUGGUGGUGGGCCUGUAGAGCACAAGGGCUACAUACAGCAGGAUUACAAGCUUGGAUAUGAGUUCAAAGGGCAGGAUCUACUUCAUUCCAUCAAGCGUGAGCCCAUGGAUUCUCCACCCUGGCAUGAUGGUGAACAUGAGCAGAUGGGCGUACAGAGGAAUAUUAUGCCAAAUUGCAUAAUGAAUGGUGGGCAGCCCAAAACUAAUCCAUAUAUCUAUAUGCAAUAAUGCAUAACUAUUCAGAUCACAUCCCUCAAGGUCUGGGUACUACAGAUUUACCACCUGCCCUUUAGCUAGGAAUCAGGUGUGUUGCACAACUAGGUUAACUGACUUUCCAUACUCUGCCAACAAAUGUUCAAACAUUUAAAUUUUAAAUCAUAUUUGAAUCAUAUUUAUUUUGUAUGCAUAUGAAAGUGGAGACAUGCCAAUGGCGACAUGUAUAAAUAAAAAUGUACGUAAUAAAACGUGGGAAUGAGAUUCUAAUGCAUGGCGACGACUUAGUAAAACUGGGAAUUAGAUGAUUAAGUUGUGGCCAUGACUUAAUCUUCUUGUUCCCAUGACUUACUAAGUCAUGGCCACACAUUAUUUUUAUUUUACAGGAUGUCACCAGCGGGGCUACGUAUGGUUGGGGAUAGAUUGGGUGUAGAAAAAAAAUAAAAGACACUGGUGGUCAUUUGUAGCUUCCAAAGAUUUGAUUAGCUAAGUGAUUAGCUAAUGUAACAUUUUUACCUUGAAAACUCAACCUUAUGUAGUGACUCUAACAAAGAGUGCCACAGUUUCUCAUCAGAUUGAAGGGACCCAGCUAAGCAUCUGUGGGCAGAGCAUGCAUAGGUCAGUUAACUACUAGCAAUUACUUAAUUAAGGAAUUGAGGUCUAGAUCCGAAUACCUCAGCAAUAGUAGAACACCUACUGGAUGCUUGUCUGUUGAAGUGAAAGCCACCUCUUUUGUCAUCAACUAACGACAUACUUGAACCAAAGGUUUACCACAACAGCAUUUUUAACUAUGACUGGUUUGCAAACACUUGUAAGGAAGAAUGAAGAUUUUUUCCAUUGACCCAAACUGUAUUUGCAUCAAAAUCAAUAUUUUCGGUAGCCCGGCUAAAACAGACAAGCAUACAGAACUAAGCCAUUUAUACGCACACAUUCUUUACAUUUCAGGACAUGGCUCAGGGGCAGGGAUAUUUUGUCAUAUUGUAGUAAAGAGUGAGCUUCAAGCUUUCUUUUAAUGAAAAUGACUUUUUUUCCACAUAUUUUUAUUGUAUGCACUUUUGAUAGAAUGAUAUCCUACUAUUUUUCUGGCUCUCACAUUAUGUCUGUGUUAGUAUUUGUACUAGUUUUUUUUACAUCUGACUGCUUUGGUUCUUGAAACAUGACAAACACUGUGAUGUGGAAAAAUGUCUUGCAAAUAUCAAGUUUUACACUAAUGUUACUGGUAGGGUGAGUAAGUACGUUCGUGUGUUGCAUGCUCGCUUUUAAAUAGUAUUUCAGGCAAAAACUGUUCGGAUAAGUUUUAAAGGUACUAAAAAAACUUUUUUUAAACUGCUAUUUAAUUUCCAGAUGGAAACUUUGGAGAAAGGUGCCCUUAGCACAAUGUAUAUAAGCUACCCAAAGGCUAAACCGAGAGUGAGGGUUAUUGAUAAUGCUAUUCCCUGCCAUUACUGUUAUUUUUAUAUAUAAUACUGCACAUUAAGAGUCCCAACUAACCCUACAUGGUUAUCAUAGUGAUUAGAUACACCCUCUCUCAAACACCCACCCACCCACAUACAACUUCACAUAUUGUGUUUGCUGCAAUCAUUAAAUAAUUCAUUUUUAAAGUUGCACUACUCAAGACUAGUAAAAUUCUUCAUUCAGUGUCCAAUUAAUAUGCACAAUUGUAAAUUUGGUCUCCCUUUCUGCUUUUCUUAUUUUUGCAGUUUUUAUAUUGUACAGCUCAUUUGAUAUCCAAAUAUUUGUAUUUAUUAUCUUACCAAAACUAUUUAGGGCCUUGCACUGUUCCAGGAAGUUUUCAAAAAGGCGUGUUACCCCUUGCUAUCUGUUUAGAAGAAUAUUACCUGAAGUGACACGUCACGUCCUUGGGAUACUGUAGCUGCAAAGCAGCGACUCUUAAACUGCAUGUUCUCACUCUUUUUCUAUCUCCAAUUUGUCAAAAUUUAAAUGAUGCAAUAAAAUUAUUGUACACAAA